UUGCAGUACAUUGAAGACUUAAUAUGAGUCGGGUUGUCGACAAAUUUUGGUUCAGACAGAUAUUCGUUCUGCUAGUGGCAUGUCUGCACUCGCUCUCCGCAGGCGUGAUGGUCGCGUUCCCCUCCGUCUUGAAUCCAGCACUUCUAUCACCUAACAGUACAGACAUCACCGCUGAUAGGAAUCAAGCUUCAUGGAUUGCAUCAAUAAAUGGACUUAGUGGUAUCGUGGGUUUCUUCAUAUUGUCACCAAUAUUCCAGAGCUUCGGUCGGAAAGCUGUCAAUAUAACGUUAAAUGUGGUCAUGUUCGUUGGCUGGAUCACUUUAGCCACUGCAAGUAACGUUACUAUGCUGUUCAUUGCUAGAGCUAUCCAAGGAUUAACCGUCGGUGGGGUCUUUAUAGCCGCUGUCACUUUAUCAGAAUACUCAACACCAAGAAGAAGAGGUUACUUUAUGACGUUAAAGAAAAUAUCCAUAGGUUUAGGAUCGUUGACCUGUCAUACUUUAGCAUUAUUCUGUACUUGGAGACAAAUUGCUGGUAUUUGUGUAAUACCGAUAAGUUUAGCGAUACUGUUCGUAUUAUUAUGGCCGGAGAGUCCUUCGUAUCUCGCAAUGAAAGGACGUUUUGAUGAAUGCGAGAAAGCAUUCAUAUGGUUAAAUGGGAAUUCGCUUGAAAGUAAAAUGGAACUAAAGGAGUUGAUCAACGCUCAAAUGGAACAGCAUGAAUUGAAAAAGAAAACUCAAAACCUUUCACAGGUUAAGAAAUUUUUUAUACAACUUAACAAUAGAGAGAUGUUGAAAGCUUGUUUUAUUGUUGCUUUGGUUACUUUGUGUAUUGAUGCUUGCGGAAGAUAUUUCUUGCUUGCGUAUUUAACUCAGAUAUUAGAAGAAAUCACCGGUAGUAAUUCAAUAGCGAUGUACGGUUCUAUCGUUUCUGAUUUAUUAUUAAUAUCUGCUUUAGCGGUUUCAUGUUUAGUUAUUAGAUUAUUCGAUAGACGUACUUUAUUGUUCGGUUUAGGAUCUGUUACUAUAUUUUUAAUGUUUAUUAUAAGUAUAGCAGUAUUUACUAAAUCUAAUUUUAAUUUUCUAUCAAGCAUAACCUGGUUAAUUCCUUGUUUAAUUUUGCUGCAUUCUUUCAUAGCUAGUGUUGGUAUUAUUCCGGUAGCAUUUACGAUAUCAGCUGAAGUGUUUCCAUUAGAACAUAGAGGUUUAUGUUCUUGUAUAUCAGGGGUCGCGUUUACAAUAUUCUAUGCUGCUACGUUAAAAUUAACACCGUUAAUGAUAGAACAUACUGGAGUAUCAGGUACAUAUACAAUUUACGCAUUAAUAGUAACGUUUUGUCUAGCUAUUUUAUUUGUUAUUUUACCAGAAACUAAAGAUAAGACUUUACAACAAAUUGAGAACGAAAUGAAAGGCAAAUCAGAUAAGAACGGUAGAUUGCUUACUAAUUAACAAAUUAACACAUAUAGUAAAGAUUUGCAUAGAGUUAUUUAACGUAUUUUAUAAGACUUAUGAAACGAUUUGACAGAAAAAGAAUUAAGUUUUAUAUUAUGACGAGCUGCCCGCGACUUUGUCCGCGUGGUAUUCGAAAACAUACAAACUAUAUAAAU